ACAUAACCAAGAAAAAAGUUGUAAAGAAAAAUAUUUAUUGUUUAUGAAGUGGAAUAUGUUUUUAAAAUCUAAUAAUAAAUUUGAUGAACGUUUUUAUCUGAUAUGGAGCAUUUUCCAAAUAGAAAAUAUAUUAUGGUAGCUCUUGUGUGUGAAAUAAACACUGUAGCAGUGCUUCUAAAUAUAGGAUUUAUUUUUAGGUUGGAGCUAGCCAUAGUUUGAAUCAAGAAUUUAAUCUAAAACUGCAUUUCUAGACAGUUUUAUAGUGAAUAUUAGAAAUGUAGAAGAUACAAGUGAACAGAAAUAUAUAUUUUUUUACAGUGAUAAAAAUGGCAAAUGACUUAAUAAUAAAAGGUAAAGAUAGAUUACAAGAAAUUAGCAUGAAAUUAGAACAGAGCCAUUUAGUUUAUCUACAAACAGAUGACAGUCCAUUAAAAUUACAACAACGUCAUAAACUAGAAGGUUUUAUUAAAGAGUAUCUUUGUUUUGUUCCAAAUGAAAAUAAAUAUAUAUUUCAAGAAACUGCAGAUAUAUUGCACAGAUCAGCAGCUACAUUGCAAGAUUUUAGUGGAUAUAGAGCUGCAACUGCCUGGAGUGCUAUUUCUUUAUAUGCUGCUAAUCUUUUGGCACAACCUUGGAGAAGAGAAUAUAGAACAUUAAGAACUUAUAGUGGAUAUUAUAAACAUGAAGUAGAAGCAAAUUUAAUAGGAGCAGAAUUAAUGUUUGAACAAAUGGGAUAUAAACAUACAGGAUUGGGAAUACUCACUUUGGAAGGUCCUAUUGAUCCUGAUAAAGUAUCCAGUGUAAGCAGAGAUGCAAUAGUUGCUUUUGUUGAAUGUCAGAUUUUGAAACAAAUAUGGGAGAAUGUUUCACAAAAUUAUGGUAUCUCAUGGUUAGAAGUCUUAGAAUUUCGAGAAAACCAUGUUGGUACACCAGAACAAGCAAUUAGAGCAUUAAAUUUCCGUUUCCUUGAAAAAAUGCAUCAAAGUCGAACAAAAACAGAAAAUUAUAGGGAUUAUCAUUAUCCGCAAAAUACAUGUGUAGAUGCAUCGCCGUCAAUACCUUAUCAUAUUAUGCCUCCUAGUUAUAACAUACCAUUGCCUACUUGUCAGUCAGAUUAUAGAUAUAUCGAAAAUACAAAUUCGAUACCAGGAACAUACAAAUAUUUUCAACCAGUGGAUUAUGGUUUUGGAAAUCGUUGUAGUGCCUAUGGUUGUUUACCACAUGGUAAUAAAUAUUUAACUGGAGUCAAUCCUUAUUAUACUACAAUGCCAGGAUAUACAAGAGUACCAACGGGUAGAUUAAUUGAACUUGAUAUGCCUGUUUCUGUUGCAAAUUAUGAUAAACUUCACAAUCGGAAGAUGCCCCAUCGAAUAUCAAAUUUGGAAGAAAUAGAUUUUUAUAGAAGACAAUCUAACGAUGGAGAUCAUUAUGAUUGCGGGAGAAUUGAUAAAAAGUCUGCAAAAUCAGGCAGUGAAAAAAACAAUUGUGAUUCUUGGGACUUUGUAUACAGAAAUUUAGAAAGUUUAGGCUAUUCUAAAGAUCUUGGUGAUCGAGAAGAUAUUUUACAUAAACGAGAGUUUGAUUCUCGAUUGAACAAACAAAAAUCAUUUAAACAAAAUGAUAGGGAUGAAAUACAUAGUAUACAUCGUUUUGAAAAAAGAAAAAGUGGAAGAAUCGAUAUGAAUGAAAUUGAUUCAUCUAUAACAAAUGGUCGACAUCAUCAUCACGACACAUUACCUUUUAAAAAAAAGUCUUCUUCCUUUGACUUAAUGGAUUCUAAUAGAUAUCACGAUGUAUCUUUAGAAAGUCAUUUAUCUUCAUAUAAUAAAGAAAAAAGAUAUGAUAGUCAAACACUUCCAAUUCAACGUUCUCAUCGAUCAAUGGAUCAAAUUGUAAAAAUUGCAGACACAUUAAAAAAUUUAGAACUUUCUCAAACAGAAACAAAAAAUGAGAUAAAAAAUGGAAGUAUGAAUUGGAACUGUGCUACUUGCACAUAUCUCAAUUCUUCAUUAAAAGAAAUUUGCGAAAUGUGUGGAAAAUCUAGGCAUAAAGGAAAUGAAGAUAAGCCAUUAGCAAGUGGCGGAAAAGAAUGUCCACGAUGUACGUUAGUAAAUGAGAAAAAUGUGUCAAUCUGUGAUGCUUGUGGUAUCAGUUUAAAAGAUUCACCUACUUAUAUUUAGAUAUUUAAUUAUUCAAAACAAAUCAUUACAUUAUUUUUUAUACAGUCAACGACAUUUGAUUAAAUAGUGAAAAUAUUUUAUUAAUAUUAUUUUAGAUUCAU